AUUUUUCUCACAGCAAUCCAGAUACCUUUAUCCGAACCGAUAUGUCUCCAUACCAUCUUUUCGAGUUUGAAGUUUGGAUUUUCUAUUUUUCUAAGUCAGGCCAACGUCCGAGACAAUUUUUCCGUUCUCAAUUCUUUUCUUGUUUGCUUCAAUUUUUUAAAUUUAAAAUUUGUACUUAUGGGUACACCUUUUUACAACUUCUUUUGUCUUUUUAAAAAUAAAGGUUAUCUUUCCUCUACCUCUCCAAUCAUUAAAAUAUUCUUUCUUUUCAUUACUCUCUUAAAAAUCCUUUUGGCCAUA